AAAAUGCCUUAUGCCUACAAGGCUGGCCAACUGUCAUUCUACAGUUCCCUGACACACAAGCAAGGGUUGACGCCUGAUAAAACGCUGGGAACGCAGUGCUUCUUCUCACUCCAGAGGAAAUCAGGGGCUCUCUUCUCUCAGUUAUUGUCCAAGGAAUAAAAUGGCUCGUUCAAAACUGCGAGCGAGGGAACCCUGGGUGCAGGCGGCCCUGGGCUUCGCGCUGGGGGCCGUGGCGGGCUGCGCGCUGGGAGCCACGGAGGAUCCGGUGGACCGGACCAUCGCGGUGAUGACCUCGGAGGACUUCUUGAAGCCCGUGAUGGACGAGGCUAGGACUGUGGGGCCCCUUGGCCUCGGCACCCUCUUGGGAGCCACGGCGUUGACCGCCUCCAUGAGCUCCGUGGUGGCCGGCGUGAUCCUCGCCGCCGCCACAGCCUCCGUGGUCCUGUCCAAGGGAAGCUGCUCCGUGACGAACGCCGAGUCCGUCGGCCUGUGGGUGUGGUCCGGAGUGGUUGGGGCGGCGGGGGCCACGCUCAGCGGGGCCACGCUCGGCAUGGCCAUCGAGUACAUCGUGACGAACGUGGGCAUGGUGGGACUCCUGAUCGCCCUGAGCGUGUUCACGGUGCUGAAGCCGCCUCUGCACUUCCUGUUCAAUGUGAUCUGGCAGCAGCGGGAGGUGUGCUGCGGUCUGGGGACGGCGGCGUUAGCCCGGGAGAGGGACGAACGAGAGAGGGAGCUCAAAGAAGCGGAGCAGAGGGAGAGGGUGACGGUGAAGGUGGAGCAGAGGACCCAGGCGUUGGAGAAAGGCGUGAGGGCCAGGGAGAGGGAGCGCAUGGCCAGUAAGGAGGAGGAGCUCCUGCAGAGUGAAAAGAUGGAGAGAGAGAGGAUAGAGAGAGAGGAGACAGAGAUGGAACACAGAACCAUCCAAGACUGGAUCGACAGCGUCGUGGUUAAAUACGUGGACUUCAUCGCGUUCUCCGGAUUACCCAUGACCCUCAUCGCCAUCGUUACAUCAGUGUUUGGCAUGAACGGCUACGGCGCUCACCAGUCUGUCCUCAUAGUGCUUUUAUGUUUGGUGGUCGUCCUCUCCUACUCAAUGAUGAGGGUGUCCAGAUUUAAGUUAUGGAUGCUGGCGGGAUGCAUGGGAAUGCUCGCCACCUUCGUCGUGGCUAUGCUCACUUUACAUGCAGAACAAGAGGUCCUCCUUGCCAACAGCAGGUUGCGAGCGGUGGGUAAGAACCUCUCCAGGGAAAGCCUCACCCCUACUAUGAACCUAAAGGCCUCCCUCGAGGCCCUGAACACAGGCUUCUUCGUGGCCAAGCUGUGCCAGUUAGCAUUAGGCGCGGCGGUCGGUGGGCCGUUGCUGCGGUGGGGGGCCGGAGAGGCCAAAAUCAUCGUAGGGGCAGCGGGAUUGGCGGGAACUCUUAUUGCUGUGGUGGAGGUCAUAACCCCUGUGUUGGGGCAAGGGGGGAGGGCCGGAGCUCUGCUGGGGUCCGUGGGGGCAGCGGGAGUGUCCGUAGGGGCCGCGACAGCCAUGGCCGGGGCCUGGUCAUCCUGGGCGGGGACGUCAGGAACCAUAUUUGGACUGGUGUUGGGAGCACUUAUUAUUGGGAAAUGGCACAUUGUAAACAUUGGACUGCAGCUGCCUGUAGCCUACGUCUUUGCCAUGACUAAUCCAUACUAA